AAUGGGGAUCCUUAAUGAAACCAGCUGACUGCAGAGUUCACUGGAGGACUGAUACUUCAGAAGAAGAGUUGAAUACACUGGGCCACCGUCUUCUCUUUUGACAAGCUGACUGAUGUGUGUGCCACCUGAGAGCUGUUAAAACAGCUUCACUUUUGCAUUCAUCAGAGUAGAGCUCCAUAGGCAUUUGUUUUGGACAACACCCAGUGAGGCACAAAUGUUGAGCUUUGCCGGGGGUGAUGAUGGGCAGUAGCAAAUGGAAGAUAUUUCUCCCUCCUGAUGCAGAUAGCCUGCCUGUUUCUGGGUGCUACCAGGAUUGUUGGUUGUUUGGUUCAGACAGAGGAAAAAAUGACAGAUAGACUAAUCAGUGUUAGCUGAGCUGUUUCACUGAAUGAAUCCAAGCGACUCUGGUGCUUUCUGAAAUGAACAGUGGACCUUGCAAGAGCAUUUCAAGUCUGCUUUAAUGUAUGAAGUCCCAUUGUCAAACGCAAUGUCAGAUGAAGCCAGUUCAGAGCAGAAACCUUCUACAACAACGGUCAGUUCAGUUGCUGUUCAGGCUGGGGAUGCCAGUAUUGUCAUAGCUGUACUUAAGUGUGGAAAAUGGGUGAAGCUUCAGCUGGCUGAAUCAACACCAAAUAUAUUAGAAAUUGGCAGCAAUCAGGAUGAGACUAAAAAACUACUGCAAGAUCAUGAAUUCCUCCUAUCUAAGCUGAAGGCCUUGGAAGAGCAGGUAUGGGAUCUGCUGCAUGAAGCAGACAAGGUUGCAGAAGGGAACAAAGAAAAGAGCCAGAUUUAUGAUGCUAUGGCAGAGACCCUUGGGGAUUCAUGGGAUGCCCUCAUCAUUAUGUUAGAGAAGCGACAGGCACUUCUGGAACUUACUACAGUGUUCUUUGAAAAUGCUCUAGAGUUUGCUGUUAAAAUUGACCAAGUUGAAGAUUUCCUGAAAAAUGCUCAAGAGUUUAACAAUAUUGACUCUUUGAGAGAACUUCUUCUGCAACAAGACCAUCAUACAAAAGAACUUUUGGAGAAGUCAUUUGCACUUUUAAACAAAAGCCAAGAGCUAACUGAAUUCAUAGAAGAAUUCAAGUGUGAGGGGCCAAAUGCAAAUCCGGAGAUGAUUCAGGGAGCCCACAGCAGCUGCUUGAAAAUUGACAAUCUCCUUGAAAUGCUACAAGACAGGAGACGGCACCUGAAUAAAUUUCUUAAACAUCAGCGCCAAGGACUGGAGCAAGUUCUGCAAAUUUGUUUGUGGCACCAACAAGAGAACCAGGUAACAUCUUGGUAUACGAAAAACAUCAGGGAUUACUUUCAGAAGCAAAACUUAGGCUCAUCUCUAUUGGAAAAUGAGGAGUUACUUCAAGAGCUUGAAGAAAUGGAAGUCAAAGUGAAAGAAUGGAAUUCCACUGUGGAACAACUGGAAAGUGAAGCAUUUAGGAUCUUGCUUUCAGAGGACUAUACAGAAAAAGAACAACUAAAACUUUCAAAUCAGAAAAUCUGUUUGUUACGAGAAGAAGUGUGCUUCCAUAUGGAAGAAAGGAAAGCCCUGCUGCAAGAGGCCAAUGACUUUUUUCACGCUGCUGACAAGGUACUUGAUGGUCUUGAAGGUAUCGAGAAUUAUCGUAAAAUCUCUAACUCAGAAGGCUUACGUUUUCCUACCUUGACAACGAAGUACGAGGAAUUACAGGAAGCAAUUAAAGGUUGCACAGUGACUACCAUGCAAAAGGGACAAACUUUAGUUAAUAAAGCAGAUUCUCACAGCUCUUGGGUAACAGGAAUUCAGAAAAUGAUGGAAUAUGUUCAAAAAAAAGUGGAUCAAUUAAUCAGGCAGUGUCCAGAUUAUGAAGAACUUACUUUGAAGAAACAACGAUGGACUGCCUCACUUGAAGAUCAUCUAAAUAAGGUGUCGCACUCGGUUAAAAAAAUCACCCUGAUGCUUGCAGUUGGUACGGAGAUUGGCUCGUAUUUGUGUGAGGCUGAAAGAGUUUUGAACAAACACCUCGAACUGGCUAAACAAACAAAGGAAAGUUGGUAUGAACUGGAAGCAGCUGAGGGAAUCAUCAAAGAUAUGGAAGAGUUGGAACCUGAGCAGGUGGCAACUUUUUCUAGCAGAACUGAACUUCUGAGUAAAGAGCUGAAAAAAAUUGAAAAAAAUAUUAGUUCAAUACUAGAAAUUCUAGAAACUUAUGUGGCCUUUUUAAAGUCCGCUGUAGAGGUGAAUGAUAGUAUCAAAAACCUGAAGGAAUUCUAUAAAUCAAAACAACUGCAGACAAAUAGAGAGGCUGAAAAUAAAAUUGCCAUGGAGUCAGCUAAUACUCAGUGGCAAAAGACUAUAAAGAAGAUUUUUUCCACGCAAAAUAUGGGUUACUAUUUUCUUAAUUUAGUAAAUGUGGUAAUUGAGUGUUUAAUAUUGAAAGUAGAAAAAUCUGUACAAGUAACAGAAGAUAUCAUUUUUAAUCUGAAUAAAGAAAGGAAAGAGCUGACUGAACUUUGGGCAGUCUGGAAUUUUAAAAUUACUCAAGUGAAACCCAUCAAGCAACAGUGCCAGAUAUUUAAAGAACAACUAAAAAUUACUACCUGUGGAUUAGAGAUUCUUCAAGAGGCUCUCCAGCUUGCAGCACCAGUUGACCUUGGAAGUGACCUUUUAAUUGUUUUGGAACUACAGAAAAAGAUGCACCAAAUGAAACCACAGUUUCAGCAACUGAAUGCUGAGCUUGAGUACCUGAUAAAAUUAUUAGAAUUGCCAAGCCAGAAAGGAUUUCCUGUGAAAGAGAAUUCUGAAAGAAUAAGUGAGCUUAUUCAUUUCCAUCAAACAGUAAAGGAUGCAAUGAUAGAAUAUGAGGAGAUUUUCAGCAAGACAGUCAAAUUCCAUCACAUUAAAAAAGAACUGGAAUGUCUAUCAAAAUCAGGAGAACUGGAUAUUCCUGAAAUAUGUGAGGACCCUGAAAAUGUGCACCAUGCUAAAGCCUACCUUGUGAAUUCUCAGGAGAAACAUGCACGUAUUAGACAGCUAUAUAAACUACUUAUUACCCAGGGAGUGGAUAUCUUGUCUGCAGUGCAGCAGUGUAAUUGCUUGAAUGUUUCUGUUAAGAAUCUGAAGCAAGAACUUGCUAGAUUUGAGUGUGAUAGCAUUAACUGGAACUCCAAAGCUGAUAAGUAUGAGGAAGAACUGUCACAGCGCUUCCAACACUGCACCACUCAAGAGGAGAUAAAUGAGCUCAAAGAAUCGUUUAAAGAUCUCAAAAAGAAGUUCAACAAUUUGAAGUUCAACUAUAUGAAGAAAACUGAAAAAGCUCGAAAUUUGAAAGUACUUAAAAUACAGAUUCAGCAAGUUGAUACAUAUGCAGAGAAAAUACAGGUCCUUAAGAAGAAGAUGGAUAAUUUAGAGAAGCACAUCCUUGACUCUUUUGCAAAUAAACCUAAUGCUAAAGUUAGAGUCCUCUUGGGAUCAAUCAGUGACUUACAAAAACAACUGAAUGACUUUAGCAUGGUCGUGGAAGAUUACAAGCAAAAUCUGGAUCUAGUGGAGCAAUUGCAACAGAUGAUGAAAGAGGUACUAGUAAACCUGAGAUCCCCACUGUGGCUGCAUUCUGUUCUACUUUCAUGUUAUUUUGCCUUUGUAGGUAUUGAAGAAGGAAAGAAGCAUGUUGAAAAAACUGUAUUGAAGUACAAAGAAAUCAUUAAUUCUGUUGAAGAGUUGUGUACAUCUCUGAGAGAACUUAAGGAGAUAAAGAAAGUUGAAUUUUCUGAAGAGUUGGUUACUGUUAAAAAAGAAGAAAUAAAUGGUCAAGAAGCAUGUGAGACUAUUAAAGACAAAGUUGUGGAGCAAAAGCAGCAGAUGGUGUCAGGUGAAUUGCUUACAAAUUCAGAAAGCAUUGCUGAGAAGAGAAGCAAUACUCUGUCUCCUACCAACACUAAACAGGAGAGGAAUAUAUUAGCUGAUAUUCCAGUUAUCUGUCCAGCUGGUGAGGAUCUUAUUUCACAGGAUACAGAGCUGUCAUCUUCAGCCAAAGAGGAUAGUUUACAGACUGGAUUCCUGACAGAAGAAAUACUCUCCGGAGAUGAAUAUGAAUACGCCACCAGAAGCUGUCAGAGGCAGAUGGUUACCCGAGAAGAGAUUAAAAGUUCAUCAGAAAAGAACAGCAUGGCCAGCCUAACUGGACAGGCGCCUAAUUUCUCCCAGAUUCUGUCUAACAAAAGCGUCAUGGAAGGUUCUCCGGUAACUUUGGAAGUAGAAGUAACGGGAUUCCCAGAGCCUACAUUGACAUGGUACAAGGAGGGCCAGAAACUGACUGCAGAUGAGCACUUAAAGCUUUUACAAAAGGAGACAAAGCAUACUUUGUUCAUUCAGAAGGUGUGUGAUAAAGAUGCUGGCCUCUAUGUUGCUCGGGCUAAAAAUUUGAACGGCACUAUCUCAUCCAGUGCCAUUCUUCACGUGAAAGUGCAAGGAAAACAGCCAAACUUCAUACAAAAGUUUGGACAUAGAACUCUACAAGAAGGAGAAGAUUUAAUUCUGCAUUGCACUAUACAUGGAAAGCCUGAACCACAUGUCUGCUGGACAAAGAAUGAUAUCCAAGUGGUAUCUGGUGAUAUCAGUAUUGAGAAAUUAGGAGAUACCUAUUACCUUUUAAAAAGAAAUGUAGUCCUUGCUGAUACUGGGAAAUAUGUCUGUCUUGCCAGCAAUGAAGUUGGAAAGGCACACUGCUCUGCUUUCGUAACCGUGAUAGAGAAAAAUAAAACCCCAGAAACUCCCAGCGUAACUCAGGCUAAACCAGAAUGGAAAGAUGGAGACUUUUCAGAAGAAGAGAAUGUCACCACGACUGAGCUCAUACCAGCCCAUGACACAGAAUGUGAGAGAGAUGAUCUCCCAGUAAAGUUUAAAGAGAAACUCUGGCUUCAAGGAGUGUAUUUUGAACUUGAGGGGCCACAGGAGAUUAACUUCAAUUUGAGACAGGAUCCCCUUCUUCUGCAUGAUGCAGUGGAACAGAAGAUGGACUGAAGUGCAAGAUGUCUGAUUCCUGAGGGUGUUCGUGUUGUUUGCUGUGUCCAUUAGUAGAUCCUGGCCAUGGGUGAGGAGAAGAUGAAUCUUUGAGUGCUAUCCAAUGUAUUUCUAGGUUACAAUU